AUGCCAGAGGAGAUUUAUGAGUCCAAAUUAUCGCAGCGACUCACACAUGCCGGCUACUCGGAGCCACAGCCACCCGAAGGUGGCUUCAUGACGCGCGUCGCCCGCUGGUUCGGCCUGGGCGGUCCGGGCUCAGCGCCGCGCGAUCAGCAGCUGAGCGCCAGUGGGCUGAGCUAUGCCUAUCCGAAGCCGGCGCAGCAUUUCACGGCGGACGGCAAGCCGUGCGGCCUGUGCAACAAGUAUCCCUGGGUGCCCAUGUUUGGGCAGCAGCAUCAGCAGCACCAGCAGCAGCAGCACCACCAGCAUCAACAGCAGCCCUUGGCGCAGGCCUCGCAGCAUCGCCAGCGCGCCGUGCAGUUCCAGGCGCCACCCCAGAGCGUCUUCCUGCCCAUCUCGCUGCCAGUGCCCGGGCUGAGUCAUGUGGCCAUGCCUCCACUCUACAACGCGCAGCCAUUCCGACCGCUGCCACAGCCACAGGCGCAGCCACAGCAGCCUCAUCUCUAUCCGCUGGAGAAUGUUGGCGCCCACUCGGAGCUGCGACCUGUGCCUGCGGUGCCAUCGACCACGCCUCAGCCGCCGCCCAGACAAUCGAGCAGCAGCAGCAGCAGCAGCAGCUUUGAGAUUGUGCAAAGCCAUCAGCUGACAGACUUCGUCACCUCCGUGGAGUAUCCGGCCACCUAUGUGCAGUCGCAUGCCAUUGACCUGGGCCAGACGGCAACGGCAACGCCAACGCAUCAGCAGCAGCAGCAGCAGCAGCAACAGCAGCAGGAGCUGGAUAUAAGCACUGUGCGCUAUCAGCUGGAGGAUCUGAGCAGCGGUGCAGUGCAUCAGCAUUUGCCCGCCUCGCAGCUGCUCACCGAGCUGGGCCACUUCACGCCCAUCACCGUGGAGACGCCGACAACGCAAAUUCCGGCCGCAGACAACUAUCCGGCCGCAUCGUCGCAGCAGCAGCAGCAGCACGAGGAGGAGCAGGAGCAGCAGCACCUCUACUAUGCCGAGCAGUACCAGGACCUAACGGAGACGAGCACCGUGACGCCCGUGUACGAGUCGCUGGUCUACACCACGGAGCAACCGGCGCCGGCUCCGUCGGCUGCUGUCGAGCUGAACAAUCAUCUGGUGUCGCACGGGCGCGAUGGACGGCAACGGGAGACGCCCAAGCGACUGCUCGACUCGCCCAUCAAUCAUGGCCAGGCGCACGGCGCACCGCCGCCACGCCCCUUCACCCGUGAUCCCGCCGAGCUGAGCUUCCGGCACGACCAGCCGACGCAGACGCAGACGCAAGCGCCGACGCCGACGUCCACGUACGGUGCGAUCGAUGCCAGCGGACAGUAUGCGGGCAUGUCGCCGCCGGGACCACAGCAGGUGAUCAUACCGUAUACGACCAAGCAGAAGCCACGCCCCUUCGAGCCGGUCAACUGGACGCCCGGCUGGCGGCUGCGGCCGAGCCAGGAGAACGAGCUGCACGAGCAGCAGGAAUCGAAGCUGGUGAGCACGUCCGCAGUGACAGUGGCGCCACCACCAAACACGCGUCGCACCACCAAAUAUCUGACCAAAAUCCUGGCCUCCAAUCUGCGCGAGCUGCUGAAGCGGGAGCGCGAGACGAAGCGACGGCCCGCCCACUUUGGCGUGGACAUCUCGAAGCUGCAGCACAACAUCGACGGCUGGACGGAGCAGGAGUACAAUUCUCUGUCGCACCGCCCCAGCACGCCGACCAUACGCGGCCGCUCCAAGCACAUACCCACGGAGUAUCUGACCACAACGACGCCGGCUACCCCGACGGCCACAUCGACGGCGCUGCGUCAGUCGAAGACGACGCGCAGCGGUGUCGCCGGUGGCUUCGAGCUGGGCAGCGGCGCCACCUCGAGCCUGGGCAAUGCCGGGGACUUGUCCACCUCGAUUAACAAUCUGGAGCAGCUGCAUCUGCGACGCUUCCCGCCCGUCGAGGACAAUCGCCUGCUGCCCGACUACCACGAGUCGUCGCAUCGCACCACGCCCAUGCCCUCAGCCACGCCCACGGUGACAACGACAACGCCAGCGCCCAUGGCGGAGACGACGCGCGACUCCAUCACGCCCCUGUAUAUGCGCACCACCGCCUCCACGCCGGCGCCCGUCGAGCUGUGGAAGCAGGCCAAGGUGGCCAUUCUGCCCCAGACCAACGAGAAGGUGUACGUCGUCACGCCACAGCCGCGCCAUCAGCCCCAGCACAGCGAGCUGGCCGCAUCGGCCUCGGUGCCGGCGCCGGUCUACCAAACGCCGGGGCCUAGAUUUCCACGUGUGCGACCCACACCAGCUGCGGCAACAGUCACCAGCGAUGUAAUGGCCGCCACGCCCACGCCCGCGACAGAACAGGUGCGCAACUAUACGCCGGACAUAUUUGGCUUGAUGGGUCUGUCCGCCUAUGUGCCAGCGGAGCCAGUGGAGAUCAUUGAUGGCAAUUCCAAAAUAAUCACAAUUGUGACAGCGGCGCCCUCGGCGGCUGCGCUGCAGCGACCAACACCAAAGUCCACGAUAUCGCCUAGACCCAGAUAGAGCCAAUGCCAGGACGCAGCCCGCCAG